UUGAAAAGCAGACGUAAAUUUUAUAGUUGGAACAGAAGCAAAUGUAAAUUUUAGCAACUUCGAUUUAUUCUUGGUUUCGGUUCCUCGGUUUUUCCAGGAAGCGGACGUAAUGUUCAUGAAAUCUGGUUUGCGUUUUCGAUUAAUAUCCUUCUUAAUUCUGCGAGUGUGGCUGGGUAGCUGAUUCAGGAUAAGGAUCAUGGUAGUGUGGCAGAGGUUAAGAAGGAGGAGGAGGAAUUUCUGUGGAUUCAGCAAACGAAAUUACAGUCGCUUCGUGUGCUUCGUUGUCUGAUGGCAAUUCUGAUACCCCUGUUCUGUGUAGAUCUGUUGUAAGUGUUCUGUUAUUGAAGAAGGCAGGCAGACUGACCCAACAAGACGUUCGAGUAGAAGAAGCUGGACAAAAAAAGAGCUGAGUCUCCUAAAAUUGUUUUGAAAUUUCUAUUUUCUUGUUCAAUAUUCACUGCCAGAAGCUCCAGGUAGCCAUAUAGGAUUUGUAAAACAAGCUUGAAGAAUAUUAAAUCAGUGAUUAUAUUAAUAGGAGGAACUGUAAUGCAAAGUUUUCCUGUUUAUACAUUGCUAAAAGUUUACGAAGAAAAUAAGCCCCAUUUUUUACUCGUGUAAGUACCCCCAUUGUGUACUUACUGGAGUCUAACAUGUUUGAUGAGUGCACUUACUCCCAACAUAACUCCCAACAUAUUGUUCUAAGCUCUCUCUCUCUCUCUCUCUCUCUCUCUCUCUCUCUCUGUGCAAAAGUAGAAAUAUUGGCAAAUAUUUAGGGAACCUCUUUUGCAGUCAGGAAACUGGAGGAUGUUGAUCACUUCGCAAAUAUUUUUAGGGAACCUAUAUGUAUAUAUCUGCCGAGAGAGGUAAAUGCCGUAGUGCUCUAGCUAGGGAACCUAUUUUGCAGCCUGGAAACUGCAAACAUAGAUAUAUUCGCAAAUGUUUUUUCAUGAUUUCUGCAGUCUGGAAAUCAUACCUACAUAUUCCAAUUUCCUCAGUUCUAAAACAAAUCUUGAAUGCAUGGAGGUUAACAUAGAGAGACAGGGUCUCGAUGAAAUGUUCUCUCUCUCUUAAUCACAAAGUGGCAGGUGUUGACUUUUUUGUUCUGCAUAUUUGGUUCUUGGUAAUGCUUAUGGAAGAGAGAUUUGUUCAAUGGCAGAAUCUUACCUGCAAGAUUUCACAAAGAGGGGAAACUGAACCAAGAAAUCCACUAAAUGGGACACAGUUUGAUGGAACAGGUGCUGCUGCAGCUGUCAUGACCACUACAUCUUGCAUGGACGAUGCUAACCAUGAUAAAGCACACAAGCCCUUGUUAGCCCGUUUGGAUUUUCCCUUGGAUGCAUCUGCUUACAAUAAUCCAAUAUGUAAUUCUGUUGAAGUCCUUCCCGUCGCUUGCAAAUUCUUGAAUUUCCUAGAAGGUUAGGGGAUUAUGCCUCAGGUGUUAUGAUGGGCAAAGCAUCUGACAAUCUGUGUACAACUUCUUUGAGGACACGAGUCAAGUUUGCAAGAAAAACAAAGUCCAUAGGGUUUCGCUAAAUAUGGUGGAUACAGGUCACGUUUACUCGCCUUCUGAUCUACCUUUUCUGAAUGAUAUAAUCAAUGCUGUGGAACAAAGUGGAUUUCCAAAUUUCGAUGAUCAUCACCAGUCUGAUCAACUUACAUUCUAUUAGGCUUGCUUAAGCAGUAUAGAUGGCUGUGUUAUGCUUAUAGGAUCUCGAAUUGGUGCCUUUUGCCUUCUUAACAGUCCUGCAUUUUUGUGGCGGACAAACCAACACUUUUCAGAGAUUUGAAAUGUAUUUUCUAUCGUGUGUAUGCUCUAUGCUAUUCCUUGAGUGGAUAAGAUCCAUUUCUGAUAACUAGUAAUCUUGCGAGGAAAAUGGACUUCAUAUCCAAUCAAAGAUUAUUCUAUUUUGCUGUGUUUUGGUUUGAGAUGGUAUCGUCGGAGCGGAAGAUUCUUGUGACCGGCGGGGCCGGGUUCAUCGGCUCUCACACCGUCGUCCAGCUACUCAAGGAGGAGUUUACGGUUUCCAUCCUUGACAAUCUUGACAAUUCUGUUACGGUCGCCGUUGAUAGGAUCCGGGACUUGGUGGGGCCCGAACUUUCUCAGAAACUCCAAUUCCAUCUGGGUGAUCUUCGGAACAAGGACGACUUGGAGAAGCUCUUUUCUCAAACACGAUUUGAUGCUGUGAUCCAUUUUGCUGGCCUAAAAGCUGUUGGGGAGAGUGUUGCACAUCCUCGCCGCUAUUUCGAUAACAAUCUAGUUGGUACUAUCAAUCUUUACGAGGUGAUGGCGAAAUACAAUUGCAAAAAGAUGGUUUUCUCAUCAUCUGCAACUGUUUAUGGUCAACCUGAAAAAAUACCUUGUGUUGAGGAUUUCAAGUUGCAAGCUAUGAAUCCAUAUGGAAGGACCAAGCUUUUCUCUGAGGAAAUUGCUCGAGAUAUUCAGUUGGCAGAGCCAGAUUGGAGAAUUAUACUACUUAGGUACUUCAAUCCUGUUGGGGCUCAUGAGAGUGGUAGAAUUGGUGAAGAUCCAAAGGGUAUCCCAAACAAUCUCAUGCCGUACAUACAGCAAGUAGCUGUUGGGAGAUUGCCUGAGCUUAACGUAUAUGGUCAUGAUUAUCCAACAAAGGAUGGUAGUGCGAUCCGAGAUUACAUCCAUGUCAUGGACUUGGCAGAUGGUCACAUUGCUGCUCUUUGGAAGCUUUUCACAACAGAGAAUAUAGGUUGCACGGCCUACAACUUGGGGACGGGCUGUGGCACAUCUGUGCUUGAAAUGGUUGCUGCAUUUGAGAAAGCUUCUGGCAAGAAAAUCCCCAUUAAGCUAUGCCCAAGGAGGCCAGGAGAUGCUACUGCUGUUUAUGCUUCUACAGAGAAAGCAGAGAAAGAACUUGGAUGGAAGGCGAAAUAUGGUAUUCAGGAGAUGUGCAGGGACCAAUGGAAAUGGGCAAGCACCAAUCCAUGGGGAUACCAGUCCAAGCCAUGAUAUGAUGAAAGAUUCAAAACCUGCCGCUAGUUGUGCUUAGACUCUGGAGUCUGCACCGAGUUUUGCCGUUGUGAUUACGACAUGAAUCAGCAUGCGUUUUUGGUUGUCAGCUCCAGUGGCUACAGGUUGCUGACAGUGGAGGGUGAAUUUCAGUAUUUCACACCCAAAAAUAAGCUUCUCGGUAAUGAAGCAAAUCGUAAAACGAAGCCUCUUUAUCUUUUGCAGUGUUAUUGUGGGAAUUUUGUCUCUUCAAACUUGAAAGCAUCCAAAGAAAGUAUAUGCAAAUUGCACGACAAAGUUGAUAGGGCCGUGCCGGUUUCGAGGCGAGAAAGGAUAAGCCGUAGCUUUGGCAUCA